UGGGCGGGCGUUCGGGCCCGGUUGUAAGAUGGCUGCUGCCGCCCAGCAGCCACCGCCCCGGAGUUUUCUUUAGAGCCUGAGGCUUCCGCGCAUUCCCGCUUACGACCGUCGCCUCCUUACCAUGAAGCCAGUGAGUCGCCGCACCCUGGACUGGAUUUAUUCAGUGUUGCUGCUUGCAGUCGUUUUACUCUCCUGGGGAUAUGUCAUCUAUGCCUCAACAGUAGCUGCUCAACGACAGCUAAGGAAAGAAUACCCAGACAAAAUCUUCGGGAUGAAUGAAAACUUGUAGUUCUUUUGGAUUUAAUUCUCUGCAAUACAGUUCUUUUCUUCAUGCUUAUCUGACACCUAUGUAGAUUUAAAAGUAAAAUCCACACUUCCCAGAUUUAUUUUUGUAUAGUUUUUUAUAAUAAGCACAAACAGGAUAAUUUUUCAAAUAGAUCUUAUAGCUUUUGAGUGUCAGACCAGAGAUUCUCAGGAUGGGCAAGAGUGCGACAUCUACAUUCGAGGGGAGAAAUAAAGAAUGUCCAUGCGCUUC